AUGCCUCCUCGGGCCUCUGUGUCAGAAGUUAAACCACGAGGCCACAAACGCUGGGUGCUGCAGCUCAGGUGGGUCUUCAUCUACGAGAAAGGCUACCAGUCCACAGACACGGCGGUCAGCUCCGUCUUCACCAAAAUGAAAGGCGUGGGCCACACCAACGUGAACGGGAGCGAGCGAGUCUGGGACGUGUCCGACUACGUCUUCCCCCCGCAGGGAGACUCCUCUUUCGUGGUGAUGACCAACUACAUCUUAACCGAAGGUCAGCAGAUGGGGAAGUGUCCGGAGGACUGUUUGUCUAAGUGGGUAAUUGUGCAGCAGCUGAAUGGCAGAAAGAAGAAACGCACUGUAAACAGUGCUUGUGUUCAGUUUGGUCAAAUGACGGGAGUGUGCGUGAAGGCCACCAACACCUGCGAGGUGCUGGCGUGGUGUCCUGUGGAGAACGACCGAGUCAUCCCAACGCCUCCUCUGUUGAUGUCUGCAGAGAACUACACGCUCUUCAUCAAAAACUCUGUAACGUUCCCCAUAUUUGGCGUCACAAGGAGUAACCUGGUUGAGGGCGUUGAUGCUGACUACAUCAACAAAUGCCUUUACAGUCCAGAAGAUGCUCCACUCUGCCCCAUAUUCAAACUGGGAGACAUCGUUAAACUGUCUGGCUUCAGUUUUGAAACAAUAGCCCAAGUGGGAGGGGCCAUUGGUAUUGUGGUCGACUGGACGUGCAACUUUGAUGUGGAUGUGAAACACUGUAAACCCAAGUACAACUUCCACGGUCUCUAUGGAAACCCCGGUGAGAAAGACCAGACCCGAGCGUCGGUGGGCUACAACUUCAGGUAUGCGAAGCAUUACCUGGAGAACAGCGUGGAGAAGAGAACCCUCCUCAAAGUGUUCGGCAUCCGAUUCGACAUCAUCGUGCAGUCACUGGCCAGAAAGUUCGACAUCAUCCCGACUCUCACAGCUAUCGGCUCAGGAGUGGGCAUUUUUGGAGUGGCGACUGUGGUCUGUGACCUGGUGCUGCUGUAUUUGCUGCCAAAAAGAGAAUUUUACAAAAACAUGAAAUUCAAACACACAGAUACAACUAUAAAGGAUCCUGAUUCAGAGGUAGCCAGCAUAGAAAUGGAGAAGUGA